GGCCAAUCAGGCGAGGCGAGCCGCCCCGAGCGCUGUCACGUGAGCGCCGAGACGACCUUCCUGUUCGGCUGCUGGGGGGGCCGGGCGGCCCGCGCUGGAGCUGAGGGCGCCGGGCCCGGCCAUGCUGGUCAGCAGGAGGGUGAAGCGCCUCUUGCAGCUGGUGCCCGGGAAGCGGCGCUUCGGCGUUUACCGGUUCCUGCCCUUCUUCUUCCUGCUGGGGGGAGCCAUGGAGUGGUUCAUGAUCAACGUCCGCAUCGGCAAGGAGACCUUCUAUGAUGUUUACCGUAGGAAACGAUCUGAAAGACAGUACGAGGCAAGGAUGGGAAAAAAUGAAUUUUAGCAGAAAUGUUUCAAGGGACAGGUCCUGAAUGCUUCAAUUGUAUUAAUACCAAAGAAGUGUUACUGCCACGUGGACUGCAGGAGAAGAUUUUGUCUCUGCAAGAUAAACUGUAAUCUACAAGUCUGUGUAAUACACUCUCAGAUGGUUUUGGAAGUUUUAUUCUUCUUCAAUCUACUUCCUAUCCUUAAUAUUUUGUAUUUAAGCCAAAUACAGUAGCAAGAAGCUCAUUGUGUUUAGGCCUCUGCCACUUAUUUAAUGUUUGUUUAGUACUUCUAAAUAAACUACACAGAAUAAACA